UCCCUAGCAAAUAAACCACCAGCUGCUGGUCCAUGAACCAAGUUGCCACCAGGAACAGGGCACUGUAUGCAUGGGACAGGAUGCUUUCAUGGAGUCCUUCAGCAGCACGGUUGGGAUCUUUCAGUGCAAAAUAUACCUCCUUCUCUUAGCAGGCGCUUGCUUGGGGCUGAAAGUGACAGUGCCAUCACGCACCGUUCAUGGCAUCAGGGGUCAGGCCCUCUACCUCCCCGUGCACUAUGGAUUCCACACUCCGGCAUCAGACAUCCAGAUCAUAUGGCUGUUUGAGAGACCCCACACAAUGCCCAAAUAUUUACUGGGCUCUGUGAAUGAGUCUGUGGUUCCCGACUUGGAAUACCAACACAAGUUCACCAUGAUGCCACCCAAUGCAUCUCUGCUCAUCAACCCACUGCAGUUCACUGAUGAAGGCAAUUACAUCGUGAAGGUCAACAUUCAGGGAAAUGGAACUCUCUCAGCCAGUCAGAAGAUACAAGUCACCGUUGAUGAUCCUGUCACAAAGCCAGUGGUACAGAUUCAGCCUUCCUCUGGGGCUGUGGAGUAUGUGGGGAACAUGACCCUGACAUGCCUCGUGGAAGAGGGCACCCGGGUGGCUUACCAGUGGCUAAAAAACAAAAGACCUGUCCGUACCAGCUCUACCACCUCCUUUUCUCUCCAAAACAACACGCUUCAUAUUGCUCCAGUGACCAAAGAAGACAUCGGGAAUUACACUUGCCUGGUGAAGAAUCCUGUCAGUGAGAUGGAAAGUGACAUCACUAUGCCUACCAUAUAUUAUGGACCUUAUGGACUUCAAGUUAAUUCUGACAAAGGGCUAAAAGUAGGGGAAGUGUUUACUGUUGACACUGGAGAAGCCAUCUUGUUUUACUGUUCUGCUGAUUCUUACCCCCCCAACACCUACUCCUGGAUCCGGAGGACUGACAAUACAACAUAUGUCAUCAAGCAUGGACCUCGCUUGGAAGUUACAUCUGAGAAAGUAGCCCAGAAGCCAACUGAUUAUGUGUGCUGUGCUUACAACAAUGUAACUGGACGGCGAGAUGAAGCUCAUUUCACAGUCAUCAUCACUUCUGUAGGACUCGAGAAGCUUGCACAAAAGGGGAAAUCAUUGUCCCCUUUAGCAAGCAUAACCGGAAUAUCACUCUUUUUAAUUAUAUCCAUGUGUCUUCUCUUCCUAUGGAAAAAAUAUCAACCCUAUAAAGUUAUAAAACAGAAGCUAGAAGGCAGACCAGAAACAGAAUACAGGAAAGCUCAAACAUUUUCAGGCCAUGAAGAUGCUCUGGAAGACUUCGGAAUAUAUGAAUUUGUUGCUUUUCCAGAUGCUGCUGGUGUUCUCAGGAUGCCAAGCAGGUCUGUUCCAGCCUCUGACGGUGUAUCAGGACAAGAUUUGAACAGUACAAUUUACGAAGUCAUUCAGCACAUCCCUGCCCAACAGCACGACUGUCCAGAGUGAGCAUUCUUGAGUAAAGCUGUGCACUGGAGUGAAAUAAUGAAGGAACAUUUUGAGGAAAAAAAGUGGAAAUGUAUAUUCACCCGGAAUCAGUGAAGAAAUCAAGCCCAAUACCUCUUACUCAUUACUCCUUUUCAAUGCAAAAUAUAGUCAUUUAUAAAACUGGACUGAAGGUUUCCCAGCAUACACACAAUGCAUUGUGCUACAGAGGAACAUGGUGGGAAAAUAGUUCUCAGUGGACAGUCUUUAUCAUGCUGACUGAGAGGAAGAAAAAGAUGGGACUUUCCAAUCACUCUUUUCAUAUCAAAUUUCUCUAAAAAGCUCAAUUAGUUCUAAUCUAUACUUCCACUUUCAACAACAUUGAGUAUCCUAUUUGAGUGACAAAUGUGGAAACUUCAUGUUUGUAAAAUUUCCAGCAGGCUUUGUUUUAUUAAAUUCUCAUUCAUGCCAAACUACUAUACUAAUUUUAAAAAAUAUUAUUCCCAAACUUCCUUCUUGCUAUUUGUACCACAGAAUAAGGGUGACCAUCACAACAGCAAGACUUGCCUUCUCCUAGGUUGUCAAUUACCAAUGGCUUUUUCGAAAAGAAAGAAAACACUGAAGGAAAUGACAUUUUUAUUUUUGUUCAAGGAAAGAUGAAUUCAAAUAAAUUAUUCUGGUUUUGCUUUUA